AUAUGGCAAUUCUAGCAACGAUUCAUACAAUUCUUUUGUUUCAUACGGACUCUCGACUUUUCGAAGCUCAUCAGCCAUUCUGUUUGCUUAGGAACAGGAACAGACUUCGCUUGGACGCUCGCCAAUGCGCAUUGCCGCGUCUGAAAUGGCGCAGCCUGAAACUCCGAAUGAUCAAAACCGCAGGGCCCCGCAACCGGGCGCCAUGCGCUCGACCAAAUGCCGCCCCCGCUUCCACCUUCUCUUCCGCCACAUCUGCGCCGCCGCCGUUUCUCCACCGCGCCAGCCUCGCACCACCCGCCAUCCGCGGCGCGGGCGGCGGAGCAGAACUGCCUCCGCCUUCUAGUGCGCUCCUCCACGCCGGCCGCCGUCCUCCAGUCCCUCGCCUUCCUCCUCAAGUCCGGCCUGCACUCCAAUCCGCUUGUUCUUACAAGGCUCUUCGCGUCCACCGCCUCCGCGGCUCCCGCGCUGCUCGAGCCCCUCGUCGCCGCGCUCCUCGGUCCCUCCGUCCCGAUCGACGCCUUCCUCGUCAACACUCUCAUCCGCGCGCACGCCACCUCCCCGCUCCAUUCUGCCCGCCUCCGCGCCGCCGCCUUCUUCCCGCUCAUGCUCCGCAGCGCUGUGGUUCCGAACAAAUUCACCUUCCCCUUCCUCCUCAAGGCGUGCGCCGCUCUCCCGGGCUCCCCGGGCGUUGGGCUCCAGGCCCACGCCGCCGCUCUCAAGUUCGGGUUCGCCACCGAUCAGUACGUAUCCAACACUCUCAUACAUAUGUACUCGUGCUUCGGCGGCGGGUUCCUCGGGGACGCGCGGAAUGUGUUCGACAGAAUGCCGAAGUCAAGCGCCGUUACCUGGAGCGCUAUGAUUGGUGGGUAUGUGCGUGGGGGGCUGUCGAGUGAUGCAGUUGGGUUGUUCAGGGAGAUGCAGGCCAGUGGGGUGCGGCCGGAUGAGGUCACAGUGCUUGGUGUUCUGGCAGCUGCUGCAGAUUUGGGUGCACUCGAGCUUGCUCGGUGGGUUGGGCGGUUUGUGGAGAGGGAGGCGGUUGGGAAGUCUGUAACUCUGUGCAAUGCGCUGAUUGAUGCACUCGCCAAGUGUGGUGAUGUGGAUGGGGCUGUGGCAGUGUUCCAGGGGAUGGAGGAGCGGACUGUUGUGUCAUGGACCUCAGUGAUUGACGCUCUUGCAAUGGAGGGUCGUGGGAAGGAGGCUGUGGGGUUGUUUGAGGAGAUGAAGACUGUUGGCGUGCCGCCUGAUGAUGUUGCGUUCAUUGGGGUGCUCACUGCAUGUAGCCAUGCUGGAAUGGUCGAUGAAGGCCGUGGCUACUUUGAUUCAAUGAAGAUGGAGUAUAGCAUUGAGCCUAAGAUCGAGCAUUAUGGUUGCAUGAUUGACAUGCUUGGUCGUGCUGGCAUGGUUGAGCAAGCAAUGGAGUUUGUUCGGACGAUGCCUAUGAAACCAAACCCAAUAAUAUGGCGGACACUUGUUGCUGCCUGCCGUGCCCAUGGUAGGCUUGAACUUGGUGAAAACAUCACCAGAAACCUUCUAAAUGAGUACCCUGCUCAUGAGGCCAACUAUGUUAUGCUCUCCAAUGUCUACGCGCUGACUCAGAGGUGGAAGGAGAAAUCAGAGAUUAGGAGGGAAAUGAGCAAGAGAGGAAUCAAGAAGGUGCCAGGUUGCAGCGUUGUUGAGCUUGAUGGGGAGGUUCAUGAAUUCAUAGCUGGAGAUGAGUCACACCUGCAGUGGAAGAAGAUAUACAUGAUGGUCCAGGAGAUGGCAAGUGAGCUAAGGCGCAUUGGGCACAUCUCAGCUACAUCAGAGGUCCUCCUUGAUCUUGAUGAGGAGGAUAAAGAGGGUGCGCUUCAGUGGCACAGCGAGAAGCUGGCGAUUGCAUUUGCGCUACUGAGGACUCCUCCUGGUACACAGGUCCGUGUGGUUAAGAAUCUCCGAGUAUGCUUGGAUUGUCAUGCAGCAAUAAAGUGCAUCUCACAGGUUUAUAACCGAGAGAUCGUAGUGCGUGAUCGCAGCCGGUUCCAUCGCUUUAAGAAUGGGUCCUGCUCGUGCAAUGAUUUCUGGUGAUGCAUUGUUUUUCACCAGGUUGUCCUGUUUCUGAAGUUUUUAAAGAGUGAAUCACAGAAGUUCAUGGUAACGAUAAUUUAUUUCCAGGGAGCUUUGGCAUAUCUUUUAAGGAAUGUUGUCAGCUUGAAGGAUGUUUCCUGUGGAAAAGCUUUCAGAUGAUGGAUCCACACUUCAGCAUGCUGUUGCCAAUCAACAACGGUGCCACAAUGCUUUGACAGAUGAAUAUGACAUGUGUAGUGUUGCGGCCUUGUGGGGAUGAGAUUGGGAGCAUCUUAUAGAAACAUAUGCUUCGGGAAACAAAAGAGUUGACGAAGGCACGGUGGGCACUGGUCAGAAACGAGAUGGAAGGAGAACUACAUUUAUUUCAGAAGUAUUUUUGAAAGCUUGGGGAGUGACGGUGUUGUGGAUUGAUCUAUAGUGGUACAUAUGAGCUCACUUCAUUCAGAGAUAGACAGACUUGGUGGUAGAAGUUACAGCCUAGAGGUUAAUGCCCAUACAUUUGGCUUGAUACAGGAAAGGAUCAAAGGAAGUUACUCGGGCAGCAGAAUGAAAUCAAACCUGUUGAAACCUAGCUACCUAGUCCUCAGCUAAGGUUGAUGGUAUGGACAAAGCUACGAAGCUCAUCUCGUCCAAGAUCUGGCUUUAACGGUGUUAAGUACAAUGCUGCCUUGAUGCCUCUCUCUCCUGAGAAUGUCAGCACUGUGCGAGCCACUACUGGCCUUCAACACGUACAGUCAUCAAUUGAAUUCAAAUUGAAGAUCUUGGACAGGCUUUCUGGAGCCUCUCUGCAAGCAGUCACUUCCUGGAAAACACGACCAUCUGGUUUAUCUUCCCUCUCAUGUUGACAGCGAGCAUUUUCUCAGUCUUGCUUGACACCUCCACAUCUGUUUCGGCGAAUCCUCAAGCUCGAGACACUAUGAUCUCACUGAGAGGUAUCUUACACACCGAACCGAGUAUAUAUGAUGAGAAUAUUUGGUGAGAAUUGGAAAUAUAAAGCAGGCAAUGAUAAACAACGAGUGUGUGUCACAAUUGUCAACGAUGCAAACACUUAAGAUGAAUAUGCCCACAUUAUCAUUGAAACAGAAGCCAUGCACCAUUUGUUGUUA